UCGCGGACGGACUCGGGGGGCGCUCUCGGCCCCCUCCCCCCACCCCCCCACCCCGAGAUUGCUGGGGGCGGAGGCGGCUUCGGGGUCGGUAUGGAUGUUCCGGGCUUAAUCUGAGCUUACUGAAUGAGGCCGCGGGGGUCUGGGCAUGCGCAGCCACCGCCCCGGGCACAGGCCUACAUUUCCCGGAAGGCCUUGCGGGUGCGUCCCGGAGCUGCGGGAAGGAUUUCGUCACAUCCGUUCCUGCAGCCAGGGAGCGCCCCGUAUCCCCGCGUCUCGGGCCGGGUGAGUCGGUACCGGGACCGGAAGGGGAGGACCUCUCAGCACCGGGAAAGGCACCGAAACCAGAGAAGCCUUACUUCGUCCCGCCUCUAUGCAAUCAUUGGUCAGGCCAGGGCGGGGUGGGGAAGUCUUUGACCAAUCAGCUGUCGCCUCGGGGACCAGAAAGUUACAGACGUUGAACGAAUCAUCUCGGAGCCUGCCUAGAUUUUUCUCCCCGCCCAGGCACGCCUCCUUCCCAGCCGCAGGCUCCCAUUGGACAGAUUCCGGCCGGGAUCAGGCCCGGCCCCGCCCCCUUCCAGUAUGGACACGUGCGGCGUGAGUAGCGGGCCUGCCCCCCUGCUGCCCAGCCGCCAGCUGACAAGGUCAGCGCUCCGACCUUGGCCUCCGGGCUCCGGGCUCACAGGCCUCCCCCAUGUAGCGCUGCUCCCCCGGUCUCCGGGCCCUAAAAGGAUUACGAGGAGGUGGCGGCCAUGACUCCCGGGACCCCGCCCACCGGCGCCCGUCAGAUCGUGCCGGGCCCCAUUAAUCCGCGCGUUCCCAGCUUGUGCAGGACCGGGAGCUGAGGAAGAGCCGGGUGGAAGAUGAGGCUCCGGGCCCUGUCACACCGGCGACAGCAAGGCUGUUUUGGCGGGACUCCCGGCUCAGUGCGUCCCCUCAGCCCCCAUGGGCUCGCGCGGCGGCUGUGCCCAGAGACUCCCCUGUCCCCGCCCGGAGGGACGCGUCGGGGCGCUUAGCGCUGCUUCUGAGUUGGUGACCUUCAGGGAUGUGGCUGUGGAGUUCACUCUGGAGGAAUGGGGACGCCUGGACCCUUCUCAGAAAGAGCUGUACCGUGAGGUGAUGCUGGAGAACUAUGGGCACCUGGUGUGCCUGGGACUCACAGCUUCCAAGCCCAAUGUGAUCCGCCGGCUGGAGCGAAGGGAAACGCCCUGGAGGCCGAGGCAAGGACCAGGCAGCACCUGGGCAGAUUGGAAGCUGGGCCCUGAAACUAAGCAGUCUUCUCCCACACAUGGCUUCUCUGUGGAAGACUCAUCUCCAGGAAGAUGCAUGAGGGACUUCCCUCUUGUCCCCACUCUGGCAGAAGCCUGGCGAUGGGAUGCCAGCUUAGAGGGGCAGGAGUGCAAUGACAACAGAUACCCUCAAUAUGUAAAACUCACCCAGCAGAAACCUUCCAAUAAAUUGAGAGGCCACAGAUAUAAGAAGUGUGGCAGGAAUUUUAGUCUGAGGGCAGGUCUUCCACCACAGCAGAAAUUAUCUGGAGGAAAGAGUGUCCACAAGUGGGACACGCGUAGACAAAACCUCAGACUGUACACGGAGGUGAGAAAAUGUUAUGGGAUGUUCUCAAAGAGGAUAUUUCCUAAGUAUAAUGACUGUAAGAAAGCCUCGAUUUGUAAGGCAGGUCUUGUUGAAAAUCAUAGGGGAAGUUCUGAAGGGAAGCUCUACGAAUGUACUGAAUGUGGGAAGGUGUUCCACCAAAGGGGCAAACUUACUGUGCACCAGAGAAUCCACACCGGAGAGAAACCUUACGCCUGCGAUGCUUGUGGGAAGGCCUUCCGAAGGAGCGCGGAACUCGGCGUCCAUCAGAGAAUCCACAGUGGAGAGAAACCUUAUGAGUGUAAUCAGUGCCGAAAGGCCUUCCGAAGGAAAACGCACCUCACCGUGCAUCAGAGGAUACAUAGUGGAGAGAAGCCAUACGCGUGCAGCGAGUGUGGAAAGGCCUUCCACCGGAGCUCCAUGCUCACUCAGCACCAGAGGAUCCACACUGGAGAGAAGCCCUACGAGUGCAGCGAGUGUGGCGGUCUCUUCCGCUGGAGAACGUACCUCACCGUUCAUCAGAGGAUCCACAGCGGAGAGAAGCCAUACGCGUGUGGCGAGUGCGGGAAGGCCUUCCGCCAGAGGUCGCAGCUGACUCUGCAUCAGAGAAAGCACACUGGGGAGAAGCCCUACGAGUGCGGCGAGUGUGGGAAGGCCUUCUACCAGAGCACUGGGCUGACUCUUCACAAGAGGAUUCACACUGGGGAGAAGCCUUAUGCGUGUGCCCAAUGUGGGAAGGCCUUUUACAGGAACAGAGGCUUGAGUAUGCACCAGAGGAUCCACACUGGAGAGAAACCGUACGAAUGUAAAGAAUGUGGGAAGGCCUUUCGACAGAGCUCGCAGCUGACUCUGCAUCAGAAGAUUCACACUGGGGAGAAGCCUUAUGAAUGUAAAGUCUGUGGCAAGGCCUUCCGCCUGAGCCGGGGACUCACCGAACACCAGAGGAUUCACACCGGGGAGAAACCCUAUGGAUGUAAUGAGUGUGGGAAGGCAUUUCGACAGAGGUCUCAGCUUAUUGUGCAUCAGAGGAUUCAUACAGGACAGAAACCUUAUGAAUGUAGAGAGUGUGGGAAAGCCUUUGGUCAGAAGUCCCAACUCACUCGACACCAGAGAAUCCAUAGUGAACGUGACCCUUAGGAAGGAUUGACUGAGCACCAGAGGGUUCAUACUGAAGAAAACUUUAUGGAUGUGGAAUUGUCGUCAAAAAAUA